AUAAAAAAUUUUGACCUAAAAAAAGACAAAAAUCAUAGGGCAUCGACGGCCCACACAAUAAAAGGUGGGACCCACCUCAAUAAGAUGAACGUUGGAGAAGUGUUGUAUCAGUGAAAACGGAAGCACUGGAUCUUCACCCCCUUAGGCAUACAAAACCCAAAUUUCAGACCGUUGGAAAAGCUUUUUUUAAUUAUCUCUUCUUCCCAUUCAAAGUAAAACAAGGCUUCCUCAUCCUUCAACAAUGGCGGAUAAAUUCCACCAGAACUCCACCGCCGAUUACCCAAUUUCUCUCCAUCUCACGGCGGAGAUUUUUUCCAUGGAAAGAGGCCCGAGGUACAGAGCCUACGCAGAGCUCAGAGAAUCCAAGCUCCGGCUGAGAAACGCACUGUACCGCGACGACGAACAGCCAGAAAAGCCCACGCCUCCGGCGAAGAAGCAAGUUAAAUUUAUGGGUUUGGAGACCGUAAAGAAAAGGUCAGCGGCGGUGGCGCAAUCGGUGCCGGAUUUCUCUGCAGUACUGAGGAAGGAGAACAGAAAGCCACCGCCGGGACUGUCGCCGGUGAUGGAGAUGACACCACCAGGGAAGACGCUGGGGAAGAACAUUGCGGGAUUGUCGGCGAAUCUGAGAGGGAUUAAGUCGGCGAGUGCAGGGGAAAAAAGGGUCGGCAGAUUGACGGACGUGAGGAAGAGCUACGCCGGAUUUGAGGAGGUGAAGGGGCUUACAACGGCGGCGGCGAACUCCAUUAAUGGCGAAAACAGGAGAUCGAGAGGGAAAACUGUAUUGGGAGUUAAUCAGAUUUGAAACAAAAUCAUUUCAAGAACAGAGAGUUUUGAGCAAAAAAUUGCACACAAAAGCCUAUAAUAUUACUUGACAAUUCAAACUCAGAUCCA